UUUACUACGCGCUCGUACGACGACCGGCACGUGCGGCGGCGACCGUUCCCUACUUCCCUCGCGCAGUAACACAGUAACCGUUGCGCGCGCGGCGUUUCGCUCUCACGUUCUACUCCAUCACCGCGCACGACACGCACACGUCCACUGCACCGUCCUCACGGGCACGUUCACGCGUCACGAGAAUCCGUUAAUAGCAGACCGAUCGCCAUGGCAGAGGAAUAUUUAUACGGAAUCACCCUGGAGGGACCGAACGCGAGCGAGGUAUGGGACCCGGAGCACAAGAACGACGACUCGGACGGCGCGGCCCAAGACAUCGGCGCCGAUCAGAAGCUCAUUAUAAAAAUGGCUCUUCUGGGACCGGAGGCUAAACCUGGAGAGCUUAACGUCUUGCAGGUUGAAGCAAUGGGAUUAAAAGGACCCAUCAAAACUCCAAUUGCCUUGUUGGAGAUGGGAAAAACGGCGCAGAUUAUUCUUGAUCUCAGUUUCCCAGAUCCUCCAGUCACGUUCACGUUGGUUAAGGGCAGUGGACCGGUGCAUAUAGUAGGGCACAAUCUUCUUGGUGGCCACAUUGAAGAAUUUGUGGAUAUGGAUGAUGAAGUGGAGGAAGACCUUGAUGAUGAGGAUGAUGAGAAGGAUCCUGAAGAUGAAGACGAUGAAGAUGACGAACCUAAGAAGAAGAAUGCUAAAUUAGCAGCUGCAGCUAAAUACAAAAAUCAGGCUAACAAGAACAAGAAAAAAUAAACAUGAGCCUUAAGAUUAUGAAAAUAAAACAAACUCUUAAGUUAAGAUAUACACAUAAGUCCAUCACUAUCAUCCGCAUUUGUGCGAAUCUAGUAUCAUUUCAUCAGAUUAUCACACGACAAAGCGAUUGCCUUCCACCUUUUUAAAACACAACUGGACCAACAAAGUAAGACAAUUAUAUUACGUGUAAUUUUGAAA